AUGACUCAGAACGGAGCUACUCCGACACAAUCGUCACCAUUCAUCUUGGUCGACGGUGUCCCCAACGUUCGCGAUGUUGGAGGUCAUGCAUGCCAGCCUCUCUCGUUGACGAACGAGUCCCCAAUCAGAAGCCGGUGCAUCAGAUCAGGCCUCUUAUUUCGUUCUGCACAGCCGUCUCAAAUCACCCCGCCUGGAGUGGAGACACUGACCCAGAACCUUCAUGUUCAAGCCGUCUUUGACUUCCGCUCAAAGCAAGAGAUUGAGCUUCUUAUUGCCCGCUCUCCGGAUUCUCUUCUUGAUAUCCCGGGGACAACUCGAUACGCGGUCCCUGUUUUCCCUAAUAAAGACUCUUCCCCCGGUGCGCUGGCAAAGCGAUAUGGAAUCACCGGGGAAGGUGUAGAUGACGAAGCUGUCUUCAAAGGCUUUGCCCAAGCCUACGAAGGAAUUGCACGCAGCGCAGCAAAGACGGAUAGUUUCCGUACGAUUAUGCUUCAUAUCCUGAACAACCCUGAUACCCCGAUCCUGUUUCACUGUACAGCUGGAAAAGAUCGGACUGGUGUAUUUGCCGCAUUGCUUCUCAAGUUGUGUGGGGUUGCGGAUGAAACUAUCGUGGCUGAUUAUGCGCUUACAAAAGAGGGACUGGGAGCAUGGGGAGAAUACUUGAUUAAGCGAGUUUUGGAGAAAGGCGAGGUCUCGACUCGUGAACAGGCGGAGGCUCUGAUGGGCAGUCAUCCCGGGUGUAUGAGGGCGUUCUUGAACGAGAUCGUGGCAGUUAAAUUUGAAGGCGCGCGGAAAUACUUUGUUGAGUUCUGUGGGCUGCACGAGGAUGAGCUUGAUCGGAUUAUUUCCAUUGUCACCGUUGCGGGUACAACUGCGGAAUAG